UCGGACAUGGCCGCUGUAUCGGCAAUACAACACCUGCAAUGUUUUGUAUAUUCAAAUUCAUUUUUUAUAAUGAAUAUAGAGUUUUUUACUUAUAAGUAGUGAUUAGUGGCUUGUGUAUAGUGCUGUGAUAUUUGUAAUGGAUGCGGAGAGCGAGUACGAAAUAAAGAGAGCUCGUGAUGCAAUACAGAUGAUUGAGACCAUUCAGUCUAUGAUCGACGUUUCAGCGGAUAGGCUUGAAGGUUUACGGACGCAAUGUUCUACAAGUGCGGAGCUUACACAGCAGGAGAUUCGGACGUUAGAGGGCAAGCUAGUGAAGCACUUCUCCCGGCAGCUGGUAUUCAAGGCGCAGUUUGGGGAGGAGCUGCAGCGCGAGUUAGGUGAUGUACCGUGUCUGGCGCAGUGGCUGCGAGUUGUCGGCCUCAGUCCACAUGCCAUCGAGGCGGUAUGUUCUCGCGUCGCGACACUGGAGGCUCUGCGCGAGCGCUCCGACCACGAGCUGCGCGCGCUGCUGGCGGCCGCGCGGGACGAGGAGCUGCGCCGACUAUGCCGCGCCAUGCAGCGUCUGCGCACAUACACAGAGGCGCUGGCGCGAGGUGAGGGCGCUGCGGAGCUGCCUCUGUACUGGGACUCGUGGGAGAGACACGCGCGCUCCUCGCCCAGGCCUAGGAAAGGCGGCAAGUCCCCGACGACGCCGGUGAGCAAGCGCAAGCAGAACUCUCACCUGCCCGCGCCCGCCGCACUCACCAAGUCCCGCUCGCACGAGUCACAGCUCUCCGUCAGACCUGACGCCUCAGACCUUAGUGACAACAGUCAGUCAUCAGCUCGGGAUGCUACGGAGGGUGCGGAGAAUGCGGAGGGCAGCCCGCCCGGCUCGCCGCGGGAUGACGCCGACAGCACGCCGCAACGCCUCGUGCACACCGCGUACCACCCGCCCCCCCACUGCAACAAUACCAUUGUUGGUAGCGGGACAACAGCGCCUCGGUCUCCGCGUACUCCGACAGUGGGGCGCUGCAUGGCGCACGACAUCGCGCAUCGCUUCACAAAGACAUUCAAUAUGAUCGCGACAUGCGACUACUGCGAUAAACAGAUGCUCUUCGGUUCAGGACUCAAGUGUAAAGAGUGCAAGUUUAAAUGCCACCGAGACUGUGAAAGUAAAGUUCCUCCGUCGUGCGGUUUGCCGGCCGGUUUUGUUUCUGCUUUUAAAGAACAAUUUCAUAAAGACGGCGGAUCGUACUUGUGCGCGUCACCAAGCGGUAAGACUGCGGGCUUCCUGGCUUCGCUCACUAGUCGCCCGCGACGACGUCGACAGCCGCCGCAACCACGACAUUACUCUUUAUGUGUCCCCCAGGGCGGGCCGGACUCGUCAUCGAACACGUCAUCGUGCAACAGCUCGACGCCCUCCUCGCCCGCCCUCGCCGCGCCCGCCACCCCGCAGCACGCGCACCACGCGCACGCGCAUGUCCACACGCACAACGCGCACGCGCCAAACAACAAGCAGCAGCAGUUCCAUUUCCCUGAAGUAAAGCCGCCAGUGUCCAGUCCGAACCAUAAUUCCGUAGUGCAAUCUCCUGUGAGGGCCGCACCAGAUAACAAAGAUGAUCUCACCUCUAGUAUUAAAAGUGAGCGGUCGCGACACGUAUCGCUGAGUGGUUCCGGCUCUACGGACAGCGGCGGCGGCGCACGCGCAGACUCCCUCGACCUCAACUCUCAUGAUUCGCGCUGGCCCAGACAGAACUCGUUAUCUAUGAAAGAAUGGGACAUCCCGUACGACGAGUUGAAGCUGUUCGAGGUGAUAGGUGCGGGGAGGUUCGGCACCGUGUACCGCGGCAGCUGGCACGGCGCUGUUGCUGUCAAGUUGCUGCACGUGCACUCCCUCAGUGAUCACUGCGCACAGCUUGAUACCUUCAAACACGAGGUGGCGACGUUCCGUAAGACUCGUCACGAGAACCUGGUGCUGUUCAUGGGGGCGUGCAUGAAGCCGCCGCGGCUGGCCAUCGUCACCUCUCUCUGCAAGGGCAUGACGCUCUACACGCACAUCCAUCUGCGCAAGGACAAGUUCACCGCCAACAAGAGUGUCAUCGUCGCGCAGCAGAUCUCACAGGGUAUGGGAUACCUCCACGCACGAGGCAUUCUCCAUAAGGAUCUCAAGACGAAAAAUAUAUUCCUAGAGAACGGGAAAGUGGUGAUCACCGACUUUGGUCUCUUCAGCGUCACCAAGCUUUGCUUUAGCAACAAUGCUCGCGGCGACAGCCUGGGCAUCCCGCCGGGCUGGCUGUGCUACCUGGCGCCCGAGCUGGUGCGAGCUCUGCGCCCGCACGCCUCCCUGCAUCUGCCCUUCUCCAAGUGCACCGACGUAUACGCAUUCGGUACCGUAUGGUAUGAGCUGCUUUGUGGAGAGUAUCCGUUCAAGGGCCAGCCUCCUGAAGCCAUCAUCUGGCAGGUGGGAAAAGGCGUCAAACCUUCGCUAGCCAACAUGCAGGCCUCCAGGGAUAUUAAAGAUAUCCUGAUGCUGUGCUGGUCGUACCGGUCUGCGGAGCGGCCUGACUUCCCGCACCUGCUGUCGACGCUGGAGAAGUUGCCGCGCAAACGUCUCGCGCGCUCCCCCUCACACCCCGUGCAUCUCUCGCGCUCCGCAGACUCCGUCUUCUGAGAGCUAGCCUGCGCACGCGCACUCUGCGUGCUCACAUACCUACUCUGUCACAACUCUUACACACACAUACAUAAACGCGUUAACUAUGUGCUCCAAUUCAUCCUUCAAUUAUCUACCACUUAGUGUAGAUUGACAAUGAGAAGUUGAUUAGUAAGCAUUGAUUCUGAGUGUGAGUUUGUGGAAUAUAGUAAGAAAAAACCUGAUAAAUUGCUUAAUUUAUUUUAAAUUUUGACUUCCAGGUCAGUUAAAUUAGUGUCAUUAUGAAUUUAACAUUUCGAUCAACAUAUAGAUAACUUUAUUAUGUAUUAUAUAAAUUAAAAUUAUCCACCAGAAAAAAAAAACGUUAAAUAAUUUUAAAAAUUCGACAUAUUGUUGAUAAUAUUUCAAUUGUAGCAAGACAACUCGCAUUCGUCGUAUGUUCGAAUUUUAAAUAAUAAAAUCGAUUUUUAAAUUCGACAUUAAUAAUUCAAUAUUUGAAUUUGUUACUAUACAUCGUUAUAGUUUCAAUAAUAUCAACAAAAAAAGUGUAAAUCGAAUAAAAAAAAAUCGGGCUGACAAGAAUUUGUUGAGUAAAUAUUAUUAAUAAUUCGCUUUAUUUGCUCUUUGGAUUUUAAUGAUUCGCUCCUUGUCAACUCGAUUUUAAAAUUGUUAAUUUUAUUUUUAAAUUAAGAAACGGGUCGUUGCUACUUAGAG